UGAAUCCUCUCAGAAUCCCAUUUCAAUUAAAGCAGACACAGAGGCGACACUGAAGUUACUUUACCACAUUCGAAAAAACAUAAAAUAAAGUAAACCUCAGUCUUAACCUGUAAAACCCAUCGAGUCAGGGAUCAGCUGCAGCUGAAGGAGAUUUCAGGUUCGCAAAUCUCGCGAGACUUCAGCAGGAAGCCCGCGCGCAUGUAAACCCCUCCCUCUAACUACCGGUCCAUGGUUGUCGUGGCAACACCACGCUGCGGUGGGGUAGCCGCUCGGUUCUGCUCGGUACAAGAGGCUCUGAAGUGGGUAAAUAACGAGCUCGGCCCUCAUAUUGCGGAGACGAAGGUAAAAGAGGGGGAGCCGUCAUGUCCGAGCUGCACAAAUCCCAUAAAAGAGAGAAGAGGACGAUGAAGGUGACCUCCGAUGUGGGCCAUGGAGUCAAAGGCAGGAAAAAGGACUCCACAAGUCUUGUGUCAUCCAUUGAUGAACUCCGUCAUGAUGAGAACGCUCGGCCGGUUGUAACGAUGGAGAACACCUAUCAGAUGGGACCUUACAAGCGCUUCCCUGUCCCAGCAGUCACAGACAUCCUGAAGGACGUACUAACCACUUACCUCCAACAAGAGAAAUAUGAAGUAGAGUGGUCCCAAAAAAUGUCAAAAACAAUAUGUGAGGUGAUAAGGGCCCGUGUGAAGGAGCUCAUGAUCCCCAGAUAUAAGGUGGUCGUCCUCGUCCACAUCGGUCAGCUCACUGGGCAGAGCAUGAAAAUCACCAGCCGCUGUCUGUGGGACGCAUCUACCGACACGUUUGCCUCCUACUCUUUCAAGAACAGCUCUCUGUGUGGCGUGGGAACUGUCUUUGCUGUUUACUUGGAAUGAAUCGUAGACGUUACAUGCACAUGGAGAAAUACACAGGAAUUAUUUCA